AUGGACAAGACGGGCUUCUCCCACCUGGUCGAGAUCAAGGACCUCAAGCUCAGGCUCCUCAACAAGGUCUGCGCGCUGAUGAUCCACGAGCCGCGGUACUACGCGCCCGAGCCGUCGAAGACGCAGGCCGACCUGAGCCAGCUGCUGACCGAGAUCGCCGCCCGCGAUCCCGAGUUCGUGUGGAAGGUCAUCCUCUACGUGCGCGAUGAGCUCAACAUCCGCUCGACCGCCAACUGGAUGAUGGCCGUCGCUGCCAAUCUCAAGCCCUGCCACGCCUUCUUCGAGCGCUACUUCUCCAGCUGCGUGCGCCUGCCCAGCGACCUGCUCGACGUCGUCAAUCUCUACCUCGACCUCCCCAACCGCUACCUGCCCGACUCCCGGUCCCUCCCCGCCGCCCUCCGUACCGCCGUCCAGCACAAGUUCCUCGAGUUCGACGACUACCAGCUCGCCAAGUACAACAAAGAGAACGCCCACAAGAAGAAGGCCAAGCUGGCCAAGGCCAAGGCUAAGGCUGACGCCACAGCAGCAGCCAGGACUCCCGACGCGGUCUCGACCGCCACCUCGGCGACGCCGAAGAAGGGUGGUCGGCCACCGCAGGAGUCACCAUCGGCCAAGCCGCAGAAGCUAACGCUGAAGCAGCUGAUCAGGAAGGUGCACGUCGCGGAGCCGGCGAAUGCGGUGUGCGCGCUGCUGGGCAAGAAGUACCCGGAGUCGCCGGAGGCGUUCGCCAAGAUGGGCCUGGCGGGCGAGUUCGACACGACGCUGGCGGGCAAGCGGAUGAAGCUGCCGGUGCCCGUGACGUGGGAGACGCAGCUGUCGGCGCUGGGCAACCAGCACAGCACGUGGCAGAUGCUGAUCGACGAGAAGAAGCUGCCCUUCAUGGCCAUGCUGCGCAACCUGCGCAACCUGAUCGUCACCGGCAUCUCGCCGGAGCACCACGAGCAGAUCCUGGCGCGCCUCACCGACGAGCGGUCGGUCACGGGCUCGCGCCAGCUGCCGUGGCGCUUCCUGUCGGCCCACCAGGCGAUCGACAUCGACCUCGAGAAGCUCAUGAACGACAUGCUCGACCACGACGGGUCCAAGUACAAGGUGGUGCAGGUGCCGGUCAAGGGCAAGAAGGGCCGCCAGAUGGCGGCCAACCGCACCAUCCGCAAGCGCGUGAUCAUCCCCGUGCACAUGCCCGACCUGCCGCUCAUCCGUCGCUACCAGGAGGCCAUCGACACCGCCAUCCGCCUGGCCACGCUCCACAACCUGCCGCCGGUCGAGGGCCGCACGGUCAUCUUCUGCGACGUGUCGGGCUCGAUGCGCCAGCCGUGCCGCUCGUGCAAGGGCGGCCUCGGCACCGGCAUCCAGCAGGCCUUUGAGAUCGCCAUCCUGCUCGGGCUCAUGCUCCAGUCUUGCUGCGACGAGGUCGACUUCCGCAUCUUCUCGUCGCCGCCGCGCAACGGCAGCAAGUGCCACCUGUCCGUGCCGCUCGUCGAGAACACGAUCCUGAAAAACGUCAAGCGCGUCACCAAGCAGUCGGAGGAGCUGGGCGGCGGCACCGACUUCCCGUUCGACUACCUGGAGGACCUCAUCGCGCGCAAGGAGAAGAUCGACAACUUCAUCAUCCUCUCUGACAUGAUGAUCGCACCCGGCCGCGGCGAGAUGGCCCAGGGCAAGACGACGGUGAGCGCCGUGCUGGACAAGUACCGGCGCGAGGUCAACCCCGACCUCCUCUUCGUCUCGGUCGACCUGUGCGGCAGCGGGUCGGCGCUGGUCGAGGUGAGCGAGGGCAAGCACCCCAACGACAUGCUCAUCAGCGGCUUCUCCGACGGCAUCCUCAAGUUCAUCGCCCAGCGCGGCGCGACCAACAAGCAGCUCGAAUAUGUCGAGAGCAUCGGCCAGGCCAAGCGCCUCGGCUACAAGAAGCCCCGCCGGCCCUUCAACAAGACGACCGCCAAGAACGACGUCGGAAGUGCCGCCACUGCCGAGGCCGAAGCUCAAGUCGCAGAGGGCGACGCCAUGCAGGUGGCCGCCGAAGAGACGCCCAAGGGAAAGGAGAAGGACUUGGUCGACCCUGUGAGCGCCUAA